CAUAACUGAAAAUUCAGGUUUCUAUUUCCAAUAUGUGAGAUGAUUUUUCCAUCUUUCCUACGGCUCGAGAAGUGGAAAGGAACAAAAACACCAGACGAGGAGGAAGAAGACGGAGGAACACAGAGGAACACAGACGAAAUACGAGCAAUUGAAAGCUCCCAGUGCUUCGUCCAUGGCAUUUAGGGCUUCUUCUCUCAACUCUCACUGAAAUACUUGCUCUCUAUUUACUUUCUUCUUCUCCCUGUUUCGUUGUAUUGGAAAACCCUAAUUCUCCAUGCACCAAUUUCCGUUGCUGUUCACUCCACUUCAACACUGCCUUUGAAGUUGAGUCAAUUUAGCUGCAGUUGGUAUGGGCGCCCCAGAUAGAUCUCCCGCGACCUCCAAUUCUAUGCAGCGUGUCAAAGUAUAUCGUUUGAAUGAUGAUGGAAAAUGGGAUGAUCAAGGAACAGGGCAUGUUACUGUUGACUAUUUGGAGAGAUCGGAAGAGUUGGGAUUGUGUGUUGUUGAUGAAGAAGACAGUGAGACUCUACUUCUACAUCGUAUUAGUUCAGAUGACAUUUACAGAAAGCAAGAAGAUACCAUAAUCUCUUGGAGAGACCCAGAAUAUUCUACAGAGUUAGCUCUUAGCUUUCAGGAGACAACUGGAUGUUCAUACAUUUGGGAUCACAUCUGCAAUGCGCAAAGGAAUCUCCAUUUUAAUUCUCUCAACAAUGAUACGUUCCACAGCAUGAACAGUGAGUUAAGGGAGUUGCCUGCAAUUGAGUUAUCGACUCUGCCACUAAUACUUAAGGUUGUUACUGAAAGUGGGAUUACAGAUCAAAUGCGGUUAAUGGAACUCAUAGUUGCCAAUCAAGAUUUUUUCAAAAAGCUGAUGGACAUAUUUCAUAUCUGCGAAGAUUUGGAAAAUCUAGAUGGUCUUCACAUGAUAUAUAAAAUAAUCAGAGGGAUCAUCAUGCUAAAUAGAUCACAGAUCUUUGAGAAAAUUUUUGGAGAUGAGUUAAUCAUGGACAUCAUUGGUUCUCUAGAAUAUGAUCCAGAGGUAGACCAUGUCCAGCAUCAUCGUAACUUCUUAAAAGAGCACGUCAUUUUCAAAGAGGCCAUACCCAUCAAGGAUCCAUUGGUCUUGUCGAAGAUACACCAAACAUACAGAAUUGGCUAUCUAAAGGAUGUUGUUUUGGCUAGAGUAUUGGACGAGUCCACAAUUGCAAAUCUAAAUUCCAUUAUCCAUGCAAACAAUGCGCUGGUCGUUUCUUUGUUGAAGGAUGACAAUACAUUUAUUCAGGAGUUGUUUGUCAAGUUGAAAUUGCCAACAACCUCUGAAGAGUCUAAGAAGAAUUUGGUACAUUUUUUGCACGAGUUUUGCAGUUUAAGCAAAAAUUUGCAGAUGGUUCAGCAGCUAAGGUUAUUUAGGGAUCUUAUGAAUGAGGGAAUUUUUGAUGUCAUUGCUGAUGUAUUACAAAGUCCAGAUAAAAAGUUCGUGUUAACUGGGACAGAUAUCCUUAUUCUUUUCUUGAACCAAGAUCCAAAUCUUCUACGUUCUUAUGUUGUUAGGAAGGAAGGGAUUCCACUCCUAGGACUGUUGGUUGAAGGCCUGAUUACAGAUUUUGGGGAGGAGAUGCACUGUCAGUUUUUUGAAAUCCUUCGAUGUUUACUGGAUUCCUACUCGCUAUCCGGAGCAGCUCAGAGAGAAGCUGUUGUUGAGAUAUUUUACGAGAAUCAUUUGGGUAAACUAAUUGAUGUUAUAGCAGUUUCAUGCCCUUCAGAAGGUCUUCAUACAUUGAGCAACAAAAUUGGUCACUCUAGUGUAUUAAAGAAUCAGAGCAUAGUAAAGCCUGAAAUACUAUCCAACCUUUGUGAAUUGCUUUGCUUUUGUGUUCUCCACCAUCCUUAUAAAAUAAAGAGCAACUUUCUCGUGAAUAAUGUCAUAGAUAAAGUGUUGUUACUGACUCAAAGAAAGGAAAAAUACUUGGUUGUUGCAGCUGUUCGGUUUGUUCGUACUAUUUUAUCUCGCCAUGAUGAUGAUCUGGUCAAUCAUUUUAUAAAAAAUAAUCUUCUAAAACCAAUUAUAGAUGCCUUCAUUGCUAAUGGGAAUCGUUACAAUCUGCUCAACUCUGCUGUUUUAGAUUUAUUUGAGUAUAUCUGCAAGGAAAAUCUGAAAUCUUUAUUUAAGUACAUAGUUGGUUCAUUCUGGAAUCAGUUGGUCCAGUUUGAGCAUUUGGCUACAAUCCAGUCUCUAAAAGUUAAAUAUGAGCAGUGCCUAGAGGAUUUUAGUACAAGAGGCACAACUACUAAUGUAUUAGAUCCUAGAAAAAGAAUUGAGGAGCGUGCUUUGGAGAAAGAAGAAGAAGACUAUUUUAAUGGAGAGAGAGUUGAGCGUAGUUCUUUAAAUAGAAUAUUAAAUCGGGCUGUUAUUAACUCAUUACCAAUCAGUGAUGAAGAGGAUACUGCAACUGCAUCUGUUUCAAAUGUACAGAAAUCGCAAUCUUUUCCUGUUCUAUGUAAUGGAGUUGCUGCAAGUUACCCUCCACGAAGUCCUCAACCUGGUGGUGGACUUGUUGACUAUGAUGAUGAAGAGGACGAUGAGAACUACAGGCCACCGCCACGAAAACAAUCAGAAACAGUGGAUGAAGAUGAAGGAUCACUGCAUACUCUCAGGUUGAAGCGGAGGCCCGUUCACAAGGACAAGGAGGCAAAAAAGCAGCGACUGGGAAGGAAUCCCAAGAUGAGUAAUGGUCUAUUUACUGCCUUGUGUUCAACAUUGAGCCAUACAGUUCUGCCUGAUAAGGUUACAGCCAUCUCCCAGCAACCUAAGCCCCAUUUGAUUGAUCCGAAUAAUAGUUCAGAUCACGAGAGUCCGAAAGGGCAGGAGCAGAAUGCUUUAAGAACCGCAACCGAUAGCAACAGUAGUGUGGACGAGGAGAACCAUACAGAAACGCCACCAAUUUCUUCUAAAAAGUGUUGUGAUCAAUUGCUUAAUCCUUCAGAAAAUAGACAGUUGAAUGGAGAAGACUGUUCAUUGAUUCCUCCGAACUCCUCGCCUGAAAUGACUGUAAAUGGAUCCUAGGUUUUCUCUUCAUGGCAGGGUCAUUGCAAGUUCCUUCCAUUUUCGUUUGCCUUGUGAAUAUGCGUCGUGCGAAAACGGACCCGGGCUAGUCUUGGAUCGGCAAGUUCAAAGGGGAGCUAGUCCUGGAAUGAAUUGGCACCAAAAGGCAAGGAGGAGGUAGUUGAUGGCUGUAUAAUAGUGUGGUGUACUGACAGUGGUGGAUUGUGGAAGCUUCUUGUGUUGCAUUCGAACGAACGUUUUGAACAUCCUCGCACCGGGCUGUUCUAUUAUGACGAGUUUAGAAACGGUUGCUUUAAGUUGAACAGUUGUUGGUAUCAAAUUUUGUUAUCUGAUUUGAACCCUCCCCCCACCCCAAAGAUAAAAGAGAUAGGGUUAGGGUGUAUACAAAUAUUUAUAUCCAUGGGUUCAACUUUGUAAACUAACGUCAUUCAGUAGAGAUAGGGAGACGGGCAAGUCCCUCCCUCCAAAAGGAACAUGGAUUUUGUUAAGCUAACACAUUUUUAGUAAUUUUUUUUUA